AUGUUGCGCUUCUUGUGCCUUCCCGGUGCCUACGGCAGCUCGGACAAAUUCCAAGUUCAACUUGCUCCCAUCUUGAAGGAGCUUACUGAGGAUGGUACGGCGCAGUUCCACUUCAUCCAUGGACCUUGCAAGGCCGUUCCGCCUCCGGGAUUUGAGGAUUACUUCGGAGCUCCUCCCUACUACCGCUUUAUCGAGCCCGAUAGGGAUGUUGAGAAGUCCCACAGCGACGAUGUCCUUAUGCGCAUUCGUGACUUCCCCGACUGCGAGACCCCCGAGGACACGAUGAGAGAGCUCAUGAGAGAGGGUAUCGCAACCACCCACCGCAGCACCGACAGAGCCAUCAAGUUCCUUGCCGACAUUGUCGCGAAGCGCGGCCCCUUUGACGGCAUCAUUGGCUACUCCGAGGGCGCCACCGUGGCAUCCACCUUUAUGCUUUACGAGCAGCGCCGCCUCAAGCGCUCCGGCAUCAAGCCGGCGUUCAAGUACGGCAUCUUCUUUGCUGGCUGGCCUCCGGUCGACCCCAAGACCCACGCCCUGGUCCUCUCCGACGAGAGCGAAGAGCGCAUCGAGGCCCGCACCUUGCACAUCAUCGGAUCCUUGGAUCCUUAUGUCGAUGGUUCUAUGGCUCUGUACAACAUGUGCGAUCCUGACACUGCGUAUCUCUUCGAUCACGCCAAGGGCCACACCCUACCCCGUGACAAGGAUACCAUCAAGGAGCUUGGCGACAUCAUCCGUGAGACCCAGGCUGACAUGCAAGAAGAGGGUCUUCUGUCGUAA